AUGCGAUCAAAACAAAAAAGCUGUUCAAAUAUAUCAAGCUAUUUAUGGCCGCAAACUUUUGUAGCCAAGUAUUAAAAAAAAAAUGUUAUCGAGUGGGAUAUUUCUUCUUUUUGUUGGAGUUGUGUCGUCAUGGAAUAUCGCUAUGGAAAAUCCAAAACUAUUUGGAGGAGAUAUGGUAUUAUCACCGGACCAAAUUGUUGCUUUACGAAAUAAAACUCUUGCUUAUGGAUCACACAAAAGUCGCCGGUGGCCGAACGGAAGAAUUCCUUACGUUAUUGACAGAUCUUUAGGUACACAAGCUAGAAAAGCGAUUGCAGAUGCCAUCAACGUAUACCAUAAAGUGACAUGCCUUAAAUUUAUCCCGCGAACAAGCGAACGUGCAUACAUUAAUUUCUUUUUUGGAGAUGGAUGCUUUUCUCCUGUUGGAUAUGAAUCAAGCAUCUGGUUAAAUCAAAAAAAUGAUGUUUCAAUAGGUAGUGGUUGCGAAUCAGUAGGAACUGUCCUUCAUGAAGUAGGACAUAGUAUUGGUUUGUAUCAUGAACAAAAUCGACCAGACAGAGAUAGAUAUGUCACUAUUAUUAACAGCAACAUAAUGAAAGAUAUGGAUUAUAAUUUUCAACUUGAAUAUGAUAUCGACUCUCUUAAAACUCCCUACGACUUAAAAUCGAUCAUGCAUUACGGAUCAAAAGCUUUUGCAGUUAAUAGGAACUUGAGAACUAUUGUAACAAAGGACCCGAAGUUGCAGUAUCUGAUUGAUCACUAUGAUGACGUUAAUAACUUCAGUGAUUGGGAUAUCAAGCAAAUUAAUUUGAUGUAUCCCUUGUGUAGUUUGGGAAAAUAAUAAACAUUUUUUUCCAAUGUUCAUAUAAAGUAAUGAAGAAAAAAAAAAUAUCUGAAACCUU